CGAUCGGAGGCUCGGGCUGGUGGUGCAUUCCCAUCGUUUUGUGCGGGGAAUUGCACAUUGGGAUUAGCCCCAUCCUCGUGCAUUGCGAAUCGACGACAAUUCCUGAGGAAUUUGCAACGCUGGCUUGCCACCUUGUGCUCCACUGCACUACCUGCACUGCGCUCUCUCCACGUGGGAAAGUUUCCGUUUCUAUUGGACACAUGACCCCUUCGCUUCUGACUGCACUCUCACGCCUCACGUCAGCUUUCUCUUCACCUAUAACCCAUCGCGAAAUCGUGAUUUUUAUGUUUCUUAAGGUGUGCGAUUGUGUAAUUCUUGAAGACCUGUUGCAAUCUCCCCGACUGCCCGAGUGUUGGUGAAGCGGUCAGUGCGUUUUUCCCAACAUUUUGUUUGCAGACUUCGGGUGCGAGUUUGAGGGAGGUGACUUGGUUGUGGCCGAAUUUCAGGCAUCAUGAGAGGUUUGGUUGGAAUUCGAGCUAAAUCGCCAUGGCUGCUGCCGGUCCUUCGUCAGAUGGGCACAAUGGUGCAGCUGAACGAAGCGGGAUUGUUCAAAUCGCAGGGGCUUAUUGGUGACAAGUGGGUCGAUGCUGAAAACGGCCACACUCUCCCAGUUAACAAUCCUGCCACGGGAGAGAUCCUCACGUCUGUGCCAUUUAUGGGUAAGCGAGAAGCAGAGAAGGCGAUCGCUGCAGCAUCUCAGGCUUUUACAUCUUGGAGUAAGCGAACGGCUAAUGACAGGAGCAAAAUUCUACGACAGUGGUUUAACUUACUCAUAAAGAAUAAAGAUGACCUUGGGAAGCUCAUUGUCUUGGAACAAGGAAAGCCACUCGCUGAAGCAGUCGGAGAGAUCGUAUAUGGUGCAGCCUUUGUAGAGUAUUAUGCGGAAGAGGCAAAACGAGUUUACGGUGACAUAAUUCCCUCUCCUUUCCCAGAGAAACGAAUGCUCGUGAUGAAACAACCAGUUGGAGUAGUAGCUGCCAUAGCACCUUGGAAUUUUCCUCUGGCCAUGAUUACUCGCAAGGUAGCUCCAGCGUUAGCAGCAGGGUGCACUGUCGUUAUAAAGCCUUCAGAGCUUACUCCUUUGACGGCGUUAGCUGCUGCAGAACUUGCCCUGCAAGCAGGCAUUCCUCCUGGUGUUGUGAACGUUGUGAUGGGAGAUGCAAAGGGAAUUGGGGAUGCGAUGCUAGACAGCACAGAGGUUCGUAAAAUUACUUUCACUGGCUCAACAGGAGUUGGUAAAAUGCUCUUGGCUGGGGCGGGAAAGACUGUUAAAAAGGUUUCCUUAGAGCUUGGUGGUAACGCACCGUGCAUCGUUUUUGAUGAUGCUAAUUUGGACGUUGCUGUUAAAGGAGUGUUGGCCGGCAAGUACAGGAACUCUGGCCAAACUUGUGUUUGCAUCAACAAAAUUUUUGUGCAAGAUGGCAUCUACGACAAGUUUGCGGAGGCUUUUGCAAAAGCAGUGUCAGGAUUACGCGCAGGGAAUGGCCUAGAACCAGGCAUAACUCAGGGACCAUUGAUUAAUGAGACAGCACUCGAAAAGGUUGAGAGGCACGUACAAGACGCAGUGUCCAAGGGAGCGAAAGUGCUUGUAGGUGGCAAACGGCAUAGUUUAGGUCGCACAUUCUAUGAACCAACUAUUCUCGGCAACGCUAGUGACGAAAUGCUUAUCUUCAGGGAGGAAGUAUUUGGGCCAGUUGCACCCCUUGUGCGAUUUAACACAGAUGAGGAAGCAAUCAAGUUGGCCAAUAAUUCAGAAUUUGGCCUGGCUGCAUACGCUUUUACUGAGAAUAUUACUCGAGGUUGGCGUGUAGCCGAGUCACUUGAGUUUGGCAUGGUUGGCCUAAAUGAAGGCCUCAUUUCAACUGAGGUGGCACCUUUCGGAGGUAUGAAGCAAUCUGGACUGGGUCGUGAAGGCUCCAAGUAUGGUCUUGACGAAUACCUUGAGAUGAAGUACGUGUGUCUUGGCAACAUGGCACAACCCGUCGGUUGAUGGCCUGCAAUUGGCACCUCAAUUUUACCUACAAGGAUGGUUAUUCGUACCUCUCAGAAUUGCGUUCAAGGAUUGUAUAAUGUUUAAAAGUCUAGUAGUUUUUGAAGCAUCCUAGUUUCAUCCCGCAAAAGUGUAAAUAAGUUGUAGUCCAGCAUCUUCCUUGAGCGAAAUUACUGAGUAUUACUGCUUCAUUGAAUCAACUAUAAUAUUUUUUGUAGUUCAUAUUGAGGCAGUGCUCUACCGAUUGAAAUGAUCAUUACUCAACUUCAGGAUUUUCAAUGUCUUGCCAUUUCAGGCUUCCCACUUGUAGCCAUGCACCAAGUUGGAUUACAACCCUAUGAUUGUAGUUAUAACUGUACGUCCUGUUAAUAGUACAUACAUCUUGGAGGCCUUAGUUUCACAUUCUUCUUGUUCCAGGAGUCAUACAUUAUUUGUUGUAUAAAGCUCCUGCAGAAACGAGAAUUACUUAACGAUCAUUUGAUGUUGCGGAAAA